AUGAGCUCUUUUGAAUUAGUAGAUGACAAUAAAAAAAACUAAAAUUAUCAAAGGAUUAAGUGCUUAACUAAAUUAGGUUAAUGGAAAAUAUUUUAUGACUAAAAAGAAAAAACAUACUUAAUAAAAUCAAGGGAUUUAAAUCAAAUAGAAGAUUUAAUUUCUUUAUAAUUAGGUGAGUAAGAAAAGUAAUAUCUCAGACAUAAAUAGACAGAAAGAAAAAUGAAUUAGCCAACUUAGUAAUAAUAAGAAAGAAGAAAUAGAUUUUUUUAAUAAAAAUAGAUUAUUUCUGAACUUGGAUAGCAGCUAGAUGUUAUUGCGAUUGAAGACGAAAAGCCUUGA